AUGAAGAUCGUCAACAAUGAAAAGGCCCCAGACUCCUUCAAAAAGAUCGCUUACUACGAGUCCUGGAAUCAAGACCGACCCUGUAUGCAUAUGGAUGUCCGGACCAUCACUUCUGCGUUCACGAGCGGAUGGACACACGUGCACUUUGCUUUCGCAAACAUCACCAGCGACUACAAGUUCAAGAACUUCAAAAGCUUGAAGGGCAUAAAAAGUAUCAUUGCCUUUGGUGGAUGGUCAUUCUCGGUUGGCGUGGAUACAUACGCCAUUCUACGCCAGGCAGUCAAACCAGCCAAUCGCGAAGCAUUUGCCAACGAAGUCGUCCGCUUUGUCAAGGAUCAUGACCUUGACGGUGUCGACUUCGAUUGGGAGUACCCAGGUGCCCCCGAUCUCCCCGACAUCCCGAAAGGCAGCCCCGAUGAGCCCGCAAACUAUCUCAAGUUUCUGCAGCUUGUCAAGAGCAUGAUACCUUCCGACAAGUCGCUUUCAAUCGCUGCACCCGCGUCUUUCUGGUAUCUGAAGCAAUUCCCCAUUGCUGCCAUCUCUAGAACGGUCGACUACAUAGUAUACAUGACAUAUGACCUUCACGUCAACCUCACUGGAACGGAAAACUCUCUUGCAAUGGUAACAAAGGCUGGAGUGGAAGCUCGGAAGCUUGUGGUCGGCGUUUCUAGCUACGGGUGCUCUUUCAAAAUGAGUAGCGCUAGAUGCAAGGGCCCAACGUGUAGUUUCACUGGCCCCGAGUCGGGUGCCGCUAAAGGUAAAUGCACGGACACCGCUGGUUACAUCUCAAACGCAGAGCUUGAAGCUCUCAUUCAUUCGCAUUCGGGGGAUGUUGAAAAGUGGUACGAUGCGACUACGGACAGUGAUUAUAUGAUCUUUGAUGAUACGAACUGGGUCGCUUAUAUGAGUGACAAAACCAAGCAAGGACGAACUGCUAAGUACAAGGCAUGA